UGCGUCUCCUCCGUCCGUUUUUCUCGCAGUUGAAUCGCAGCGAUAAAAGCGGCGGCACGGCUGUUCCACCGCCUCCGCAUUGCCCUCCUCCUCCAAUCAUUCGGCGAAGAAGGGAGCGAUCUCGUCGCCCGCUGCCUUCCGCCCCCUUCCCGAUCCGGCCAGCGUAACCGGCGGCCAGCGAAGAUGUGAAAUUCCAGCGGCGGGCGAGAUGGCGGGCGAGGCGUUUCUGGCUGCCGCGGACGCGCAGGUCUCUCUGAAGAAGAAGACUGCCGCGGCCAGGAGCUGGAUUCUGUUCGAUUCCGCUGGGAAAGACACGAUCCUGGAUGUCGACAAGUACGCCAUCAUGCACCGGGUUCAGAUCCACGCGCGCGACCUCAGGAUCCUGGAUCCCCUUCUCUCCUACCCUUCCGCGAUCUUGGGCAGGGAGGGCGCCAUCGUGCUCAACCUGGAACACAUAAAAGCGAUCAUCACUGCGGACGAGGUUUUUCUUAGGGAUCCCAGCGAAGAUAAUGUUGUCCCGAUUGUGGAAGAGCUUCGUAGAAGAUUACAAUCUCAGAACAUUAAUCAAGCUCAUGGUGAAGGAAAAGAGAGCACUGUUUGCCAACAUGAUUUAGAAGCUAUUGAAGAAGAUGAAUCUCCUUUUGAAUUUCGAGCUCUCGAAGUUGCUUUAGAAGCUAUUUGCAGCUAUCUUGAUGCACGUGCUACAGAACUUGAAACUGCUGCUUACCCAGCCUUAGAUGAACUUACUUCCAAGAUUAGCAGUCGUAACUUGGAUCGAGUGCGCAAACUGAAGAGUUCCAUGACUAGGUUGACUGCUCGUGUACAAAAGGUAAGGGAUGAGCUGGAACAGUUAUUGGACGACGACGAUGAUAUGGCCGAUCUUUACUUGUCAAGAAAAAUCGCAGGAGCCUCCACUCCUGUAAGUGGUUCUGGUGUUCCUAACUGGGCCCCUGCUUCUCCAACAAUCGGCUCAAAGAUAUCCAGAGCAAGCAAGGCAAGCGCAGCAACCAUACAUGGAAAUGAGAAUGAUGUGGAGGAGCUAGAAAUGUUACUAGAGGCAUACUUCAUGCAAAUCGAUGGUACAUUAAACAAGAUGACUACCCUGCGUGAAUACAUUGAUGACACGGAGGACUAUAUCAAUAUUCAGCUUGACAACCAUCGAAAUCAGCUUAUUCAGUUAGAACUGUUUUUGAGUUCCGGCACAGUUAGCCUGUCGAUCUAUUCACUAGUUGCUGGAGUAUUUGGAAUGAACAUACCAUACUCGUGGAACAAUGACCAUGGAUAUGUGUACAAAUGGGUUGUUAUCAUUUCCGGCCUGGCUUCAGCAUUCGUGUUUAUUUUCAUCAUCGCCUAUGCUCGCCACAAAGGUCUUGUUGGAUCUUAAUCCACUUAGAAGUACCUAAUCCUGGAGUUGGAUAUCGAAAUAUGCCUUCCAAAUUUGACCUGCUCUUUCAAGUCCAUUGAAAUGAAGAGGCCAUGUGCUCCAGUUAUUCAAAGUUAUAAACAAGAUUUGGGAGCUUUCAUUUUGCGAAUCAUUUACUGGAAGAUCAAGUGGAGAGACGUGCCUACAAGAUGUAGCUCUUGUAGCUAGAGGGGGUCUAAAGGAACUAGAGAAAGUGUGGCAUUGCCUUAUACGAUUUUUUCUUUGAUCUCUCAUUUCUUCACUUUCGUUUCUUAAAUUGGACCGUUGUGCUGAUUAUUGUACUGACGAAAGACCUUAUAGUAGUUACAUUGUCAGGGCAGUUCCUGUUUUAGAAAUUGAUGGCUGUUGGAUCGGAAUGAGUCGUAGGAUCAGAAUGAUAACUUGUCUGCUUAGUGGCAAUCAAUAAUUUUAAAAUGCGUAGUCAUAUUUCUUAA